CUCUUCCCAGGGCAUGCCCUCCAGCGCCUACCGGGACAUGCCAGGUGGCUUCCUGUUUGAAGGGCUCUCUGAUGAUGAGGACGACUUUCACCCGAGUGCCAGGUCCACGCCCUCAAGCAGCACCCCCAGCUCCCGCCCAGCUUCCCUGGGGUACAGUGGAGCUGCCGGGCCCCGGCCCAUCACCCAGAGCAAGCUGGCCACUGCCCUGGCCCUGGCCAGCACUCCGGAGAGCAGCUCUCACACACCGACUCCUGGUACCCAGGGCCACUCCUCAGGGACCUCCCCAAUGUCCUCCAGCGUCCAGUCAGGGACGCCCAUCACCAACGAUCUCUUCAGCCAAGCCCUGCAGCAUGCCCUGCAGGCCUCAGGGCAGCCCAGCCUUCAGGUCAGUCUUCCCCCUUCUGAUAUUCACACGGCUUCUUUGGUAUUUUGGACGCUGAGCUUUUCUCUACCCUCUGGAGGCCCUUCCCACUUGGCCUGCUUUGGUGCAGGAACAGCUGGGGCAUGGCAGCGUGACAGGAGAGGGUGCUCCCAGCAAGGGCGGCUGUCCCUGCAGCUUCCACUCCUUCACCCAGUGCCCAUGGCCUGGCUCCACUGACCGCCUGGCUUGGGA